AUGAAAGACAAGAGUGUAAACCACGCGUUGAGCCGUCAAUUCGGUGUCCCCGUCUUCAAGCCCGCCGCCCGCAACAUCAAGAAAACCUGCCCUGACCCCCUCGCCGCCGUAACUGCCUCACAAAUAAGCCUUCUCGACCCAACAGGCGCCCGAACCCGCCUAUUCGCAAAGGACAACCCAGAAUGCGCCCGUGUCGGCGACAUCCUCCUCGUGCGCCAACGCACUGGCGACCCCUUCGCUGGUGUUUGCAUCAACAUCCGACGCCGAGGCGCGGACACUGCUAUUCUUCUGCGCGGACAGCUCACCCGCGUGGGUGUGGAAAUGUGGUACAAGGUUUACAGUCCGCUGGUUGAGGGUAUCGAGGUGGUGCAGCGGGCGGCUAAGAGGGCGAGACGCGCGAGGUUGACGUACAUGAGGACUGUUAAGCAUGAUCGGGGCAGUGUGGAGAAUGUGGUGAGGAUGUAUCUCAGACAGAAGGCUGCGCUUGGUACGGUCGAGGGCCAAAAGAAGAAGGGUGCCGGGGCAGCAGCGGCAAUGAUGGGUGGAAAGAAGAAGGGAAGGGGCAAGAAGAGGUAGAGGAUGAUAUUGGCAGAGAGGGUUGCGAUUGUAGCAUACGGCUUUUGAGUCGCUAUGGGCAUGCUGUACAUAUAUGUACAAUACUAAACGAGCAAUGUCAAGAACAGAUUUACAAC